AUUGAGAAAGAGAGAGCGCGCAUGAAAGAGAUCGGAACAGCGAGAAGGAAAGAUAGAAAGAAGAAAAGGGAGAACAUAGUAUUCCUUGAAAAAAAGUAGGACACAUGCUGCGGCGUGAGAGCUGGCUUAAGAAAACUGUUUCAGUUGGUCGCUAGAAGUUAGUCAGUGAAAGGCGUGCGAUGAAAACUCGGCGUGUAUCGUUUGCUUUAACUUUGAUUCGGUGGUGAAAACGGGGGUUUUUCGGUCCCCUCGUUGAUUUCUCUCGAGUGGGUGUGUGAUCUCUGACUCAUAAUGCGCUUUUAUGUGAAGAACAUCUGGAUGCAAGUGCGGUGAGGAUAUCGUUUGCACAAUUUAAUUCAGGCAAGCGAUAUUUUUAAUAUAUUGACUGUGCCUUGUUUUGAACUAAUAAAUUUGAAAGUGAUAAUACUCUUCCAAAUAUGCAGUGAUUCAAAAGGAUUCAGAAAAUUGAACAGAGCUUCUCUUAGUGUUUUGUGUGUUUUGAACUUAAAGGCAGAAAUUCUUCAAUUGGAUAACAAUAUAAUUAAACACGAAUGAGAUAACACAAAUAAACUAUUUUGAAAAUGAAGUGCCACUGUCUUCAACUAGUCUCUUUUGUUACAUUUGUGACUUUAGGAUACUUCUCAAAUUUUGUUUCAGGACAAGCAUGUCUCUUCUAUCCUCUGGGGGAGAACAGGAGGUUCGAGAGGGUGGAAGAAAAUAUUGCAGUCGGUAGUGAAGUGUUUAGGGUUCAAGUAUACCCGAGGCAUGAGUUCAAACUUGAGCCAGUUGACAACAGUUUGAGUGACACAAAUUAUUUUAGGGUGGACGGUUUAGAUAACACAACCGUCUCUAUAAAAGUAGCCAAAUCUCUGGAAGACCUUGUAGAUAGAAGGGAUCCACAAACUGUGCUCAAAUUUAAACUCACGUGCAAAGGUGGAGUAGGAACAGAUGAGGCUUUUCUACCUGUAACUGUAUACAUUCUAGAUAUUAAUGAUCAUGCACCUGAGUUUCAAAAUACACCUUAUUACCUAGAAGUAGAUGAGCUUACACCAGUUGGCCUUACCGUAUUUCGUGGUAUCCACGCUGUAGAUAAAGAUAAGCCAAACACAGCCAACUCCGACGUUACCUACUCUAUUGUGGGCGGAAAUGAAAAUAACUCUUUUGCAUUAUCUGAUCCCAUUGAAGGAAUAUUAGUCGUCAAUAAACCUUUGGAUUACGAUUAUGGAUCGAGAGAAUUUAAGCUUCUUAUUCAAGCUUCGGAUCAUGGAAGCCCAGAAAGCAGAAGUUCCGUAACGACAAUGACCAUUCGUCUGAAAGAUUCCGAUGAUCAAAAUCCGAUAUUUACAAAAGAAAUUUAUAAGACUCAUGUCUUAGAAGCGGCUGCCAUAACGGGAGCAAGAAUCAGAGUAAAAUUAUCCUUAGAUCCGCCGAUUCAUGCCUUUGAUCAAGAUGUUGGAGUCAAUGCGCCUUUGCGAUAUUCGAUAAUACACGGUAAUGAAAAAGGAUUAUUUGAAAUGCAUGAUCAGAUGGCAGAUCUUUAUUUAGUCAAAGAAAUAGAUCGAGAAUCAUUGAAGAGUCCAAUUCUCACUUUGCACAUUCAGGCAACCCAAACAGAUAACAGUUUGAGAUCAGCAAUGGCGAAAGUCGACGUUCAAGUUUUAGAUGUGAAUGACAACGUCCCAGAAUUUGAAUAUGAAAUGUAUAAUAUAACAGUUAUGGAAAAUUUACCCCCUGGUUUCACUGUUGUCCAAGUAUCCGCUUUUGAUGAAGAUUCGGGUGAUAACGCUGAGUUCAGAUAUGAACUGGAAGAUGAAUCAGGAGCUUUUUCUAUUGAUCCAUCGGGUGGAUCCAUCAGCGUCAAGGAUCCCAGCAAGCUUGAUAGAGAAACCAAAGAUGUCAUACGGAUGAAAGUGUUUGCCAAAGAAAAAAAGCCAAAUGUUAAUCCAAAUGCCAAACCUACUCCAGCUAUUGUUGAAGUACAUCUUCUGGAUGCGAAUGACAAUAACCCUCAAUUUGUUCCUAGCAGUGUCUACAUGUUCAGUGCAACCGAAGUUGAUGCUCCUUUUUCAAUUGUAGGACAAGUAAUUGCAUUGGAUCCUGAUUUGGAUGUGAAUGGUGUUGUGCGGUACAGACGUCAGAACGAUAGCCUCAGCCAAACAGUUCCAUUUGAUGUCCAUCCUGAAAAUGGUUCUAUUUACAUCAUGGAGUCAUUUAAGAAUAUUCGAGAAAAACCAGCUCGCUAUACUUUUUUUGUACAAGCUUCUGAUUUGGCGAGAAUUGAAUCUGAGCGAAGAUCAUCGGUCGCAGUUGUCAACGUAAACAUCAAGGACAUCAACAACAAUGCUCCAGAAUUUAUCGGCGCUCCAUAUGAAGCUUAUAUCGGCGAAUCUCUACCACCCGGUGCUCUCGUUUAUCAACUACAGGCUAAAGAUCCCGAUUCCGAGACAGUUCUGCAGUUUUCUCUUGUAGCAGGAAAUGACGAAGGAAAUUUUGUUGUCAAUCCUUCAACCGGACAAGUACUCACUGCCGCUGUAAUGGAUUAUGAAAAGAAACAAAGCUAUGAUCUGUUAGUUCAAGUAUCCGAUGGUAUAAAUACUGCUGUUUCUCCAAUGACUGUAAACGUAGUGGAUAUUAAUGAUCAACAACCUAUCUUCACACAUAAUUACUAUAAUUUCUCCAUAGUUGAAGAAAUGCAAGAGAAUGUUACUGUUGGUUCAAUUUUGGCUUUGGAUGGAGACUCGGGUCGUAAUGCUAUUGUCCGUUACAAGUUGUUGGGUGACCAAGCAAACGAAGCAUUUGAAAUCGAUGAGACAGGCAACAUAUUAAGUAGAAGACGACUUGACAGAGAGCAGGAAGCCAUGAUUGAUUUCUUGGUAGUUGCUUUUGAUGCUGGCACACCACAAUUGAGUGGCACAGCAACUGUCGGAGUACGUGUAGAAGAUAUUAAUGAUAGCCCUCCUUACUUCGACUCAGAUACUUAUGUCGUCAGCGUGCCCGAAGAGGAGAACCCUCCAUAUACUGUUCACAAAAUGCACGCAAAAGACGAUGAUGUUGGCGAAAAUGCAGUUUUAAAGUACCUCAUAGUUGGAGGAAAUGAAGAUAAGAUGUUCACCAUUGAUGAAGAUAAUGGUAUAGUAAUCACUGCAGACAAAUUGAACUAUGAAAGACAAUCAGAAUAUGUGCUGCACGUUGCCGCAAGGAAUGUCAAGCCUUUCCAAGGACCACAAGCCUCAGCCCUUGCAAACCCAUUUGUAAAACUAGUCGUUAAAGUAAUGGAUGUAAACGAUGAAUUAGUUGUCUUUGAUCGUCAAUCUUACCAGUUCCGGAUACCAGAGAAUUUACCAAGAAGUGAAAGUAUCGGCUACCUAAAUGCAACCAAUCUCCACAGGUCUCCCCGAGAUCAAUCUAUCGUUUAUUGGAUAGGCGACGGUAACAGUCAAGAACGAUUUUGGAUUAAUCCAAGAUCAGGAGAACUGGUCCUGACCGAAACUGUUGACAGAGAUCCCCCAAACAAUCAGCAAGUUUUCCAACUUAGGAUGUUCGCUCGAGAUCAGUUAUCAAGUAAUGCAGCAAACACCAGCGUUCCUGUAGUUAUCGUCAUAGACGAUGUUAACGAUAAUACACCUACAUUCGAUGAAGAACGUUAUGCUUUGGAGCUUCCCGAAAACUUGCCCCUGGGUACGACACUGCCUCCUUUCUUUAGAGCUAAGGAUAUUGAUGCUGGUCCAAAUGGAAAAAUCGAUAGAUAUUACACUAAUGGAUCCGAUGAUGUAUUUCUAGUCAAUAAUGCUACAGGAGCCAUUACACUCAUUUCCAAUUUAGAUUACGAAGCUAAUGAUCAACACGAGUUUACCGUUUUUGCUGUGGAUGGAGGUAGACCAGCUAGAAUUGGAUCCGCCAAUGUUGUAAUAAAAGUUCAAAAUAUCAAUGAAUUUGCACCUGAUUUUGUGGGUCUACCUUAUGAUUUCCGUGCUGAAGAGAACGCAGCAAAGGGAACAAAAAUUGGCCACGUCAAAGCCUUUGAUGGUGAUGGUGAUAAAAUAAAAUACAGUUUGUCAGGUGGAGAUACUUCUUUCUUCAUGAUCGAUGAAGAUACAGGCGUUGUUUACGUAAAGAAAGAUUUGGACGCAAGAACCAGAUUUUCUUUUAUUGCUCGGGCUACUGAUGAUGGUGUACCACAGAAUAACAGCAUUGGCGUGCAAGUCAAUGUCUGGGUCCGAGAAAGAAAUGACCAUCCGCCAGUGUUUACUAGACUCUCUUAUUUUGGCGCCGUAACCGAAAAACAAAUCACAGAUAAACCUGUAGUUAAAUUGAUCGCCGUGGAUCGUGAUCUUCAGAACAACACCGUGACUUACAGCAUCAAAAGUGGAAAUGAAGAUGGAAUCUUCGAACUCCACCCUUCUUCAGGAGAGAUCUUCGUCAAACCUUCUGAAGCUCACAGGGUAGAUUACGACCAGACAAAGUCAUACAGCCUCCUCAUUGAAGCUAGAGAUUCACAUGCGACAUCUCUGUAUGGUCUAGCUAUGGUGACAAUUGAUGUUAUAGACACAAACGAUCACCCACCAGUGUUUACGCAAAUGUCAUACUCAGCUUCACUUGCUGAAAAUUUGCCAGCCGGACAUUGCUUCCUACAGAUUCAUGCUGAAAGCGGUGAUUCGGUGGAUACGCUAUCAUAUGCGGUGGACAGAAAUACCAUACCUUUCACAGUUAAUCCCAAAACUGGUGAUGUCUGUACAAAGCAAGUACUUGAUAGAGAAGAGAAAGAUACUUAUGAAUUUGUUGUCAUUGCUUUGGAUGGGCGGUAUGAAACUAAAUCACCUGUUGCCAUUCGAGUUCUGGAUGAAAAUGAUAAUCCACCCAAGUUUGAAAGAGAACGAUACUUUGUCAGCAUACCCCCACAAUCACAAGCAGGACGAGCUAUCAUACAGGUACUAGCUACUGAUCCCGAUUUAGCAAGUAAUGGAGAAGUCACAUACUGGAUCAAAAACUCUCACGGCCAUUUUGAAAUAGACUCUCAAACCGGACAUAUUCGACUCUCAUCCGCGUUGCCACUUCAAGUACAGAAAAAUAUGACAUUCGAAAUGGAAAUAUUUGCCAGAGAUCACGGUGCAGCUUCAAACAUAGGAAAAGCCAACCUUGUUGUCCGAGUGUCCAGUACAAGAAACCACCCACCAAAAUUCGAAAAAUUCGGCUAUAGAGUUGCUGUUGAUGAAAAUUCUGCAAAUGUUGAUUUGUUGAGUGUGCAUGCUUAUGAUCCUGAUUCCGGGCCCGCUGGCAGGUUGAGGUAUAGAAUAGUGAGAUCUACUCGAAGAGAAGCUUUUAGAAUUGACGGUUCAACCGGUCGAAUUACUUUAGUUACUCCUUUGGAUUACGAGAAAACGAAAUAUUUGGAACUUUUGGUCGAAGCUCGAGAUGAAUCUAAAGAGCCACAGUUUGCUACCACUGUUGUUCAGGUAUCAGUUAACGACAUGAAUGACAACGCGCCUCAAUUCUUGGCUCUCCCUCAUGUGUUGCGAGUACCGUUAUCCACUUCUUUAGCUGAAGUUGUAUACACUGUGAAAGCAACUGACGCUGACAGUCCUGCUGGCGGUAAUAGUUUAAUAGCAUAUGAGCUGCAACCACCUAGUUCCCAGUUUUCAAUUAAUAAGAGAACAGGACAAAUCACUCCUAGUCAACCACUGAGUCCUAGUACCGAGACACUUCGAAUCAAAGCCAUUGAUGGCUCUGUUUUACCUUUAUCCAGCACUGUUGAUCUUGUUGUUGAGGUCUUCAAAGAUACCAUCGAUGAUCCUACUCCAGUAUUCAACUCUGUACAAUAUUCUGUGAACACCGAUGGCAUCUUGGAAGCUGGUACAACAGUACUCGAUGUGCGGGCUACAGUACCAAAUGGCACUCCUGUGUAUUACAACAUAACUGGUCCGGAAGAUACUCUUAUUAGAGGUUUCAACAUAGACAGAGAAACCGGUCGAAUUACAACCACAACAAGACUGUCUGCUGAUCAGGAGACUCUAUAUCACUUUUUAGUGGCAGCUUCAAAUCGAAAUGAUCCUGGACGCGGCAUUGAAGCAGGAGUUGUUGUUCAAUUAAGUGAUGCUAGUAUCCGUUGUCCAAAAUUUCCCUUCUCAGAAUAUUUCACAGCAAUAAGGGAGAAUGCUCCACCUGAUUCAGUGGUCUUACCAUACUUACAAGUAGAAGAUGCUCAUAUUUUUGACAGAAUCUCAUAUCAAAUCACAGAAGAUAACUCCAAUGACAAUUUCUUUAUUGAUACAUUGGCAUUCAAUGUAUCAGCAAAAAUAAAGAAGCCUCUUGACAGAGAUAGCAUGCCAAUGACCUUGCAAGGAAUGUAUACAUUGACGGUAACUGCGAGUAAUCAAAGAUGCUCGGGAAAUACGAGAUUGAAUAUUUUUGUGGAAGAUGUGAACGAUAACAGUCCAAUCUUCGAAAAGAAAGAUUUUGUUGUGGAAGUGAAAGAGAACGCACCACCAGGUCACGUGGUUGUUCAUUUGACUGCAUUGGAUAAAGAUGAACUAGACACAAACAAGUUACGAUACUUUAUCGUUGAUGGUAACAGUGAACAGCAAUUCCAAAUUGAAGAAAAUACUGGAGUAUUAUCUGUACGUACAUCUCCUGAUAGAGAAGAAACUCCUGUAUAUAUGUUACGAGUUCUUGCCCUUGAUUCUGCCAAUAAUACUGGAUUUGCGAACGUGCACGUUUCCAUACAAGAUGAAAAUGAUUGGACCCCGACAUUUUUGAAUGAAACUUUCUUACUUAAUGUUACAGAAGGGUCAAGUAGCUUAGGUGCCAGCAUUCGCUUGCCAGUUGUCGAUUAUGAUGACGGACCAAAUCGGCAGAUGGAGCUACUAAUACUGGAAGGAAAUAUAGACAAUCAUUUUAGAUUAUCUGUAGAUGAUCGAGGACCUUUGCUGACAGUAGUUAAAGAAUUAGACAGAGAAGAGUACGGUGUGCCUGACUCAGCAUUGCAUGUGGUAGUAGUUGGUGCAAAAGAUAUGGGAGUGCCUUCCAGAACAGGGACAGCAACUGUGGCAGUUGUGAUUCAAGAUAUUAAUGAUAGUCCUCCGGAGUUCGCCAAAGACAUCUAUUAUGAAUUCGUUUCUGAAAAUGAGCCUGUGGGCAGCGUCGUAACCACAUUGUCCGCCAAGGAUGAAGACGCUGAAUACAACACCAACAUGAAAUAUGCAUUCGGAUCGAGAACGAGGAAUGUUCCAUUCUUUAUUGAUCCAUUCACCGGAGCUGUAAAUGUAUCCAGAACUCUAGAUGUUUCAGAAAACAGAGAAUAUAGUAUCAUUGUUGAAGCUUCUGAUGGACUCUGGAAAGCAGCGACGACAUUGAAACUUUUCAUCAGAGAAGCCGAGGAGCGUGAUCCUUUAUUUGAUCAGCAACAUUUCCGUUUCGGUAUUCCUGAAAAUAUUGCUGGUGCCUUCGUUGGUCAUGUAGAGUUGAAGGAACGUAUGCACCGUAGCAACAGUCAAAUGCAAUACAACAUUGUUAACAAUGAUGUCAAAAAUCUUUUCAACAUCACACGGGAAGGUAAAAUAUUCACCAAAGUUGGAUUGGAUAGAGAAAAGAGGAGUCAACACACAUUCACUGUAAUGCUUGAAGAAAAGAAACCUUCUACAAAAGUUACUGUGUGUGAAGUUACUGUUGAAGUACUGGAUGUGAAUGAUGAGGUGCCGACUUUCCAACAUACGUAUACUGGAUCCAUAAACGAAAAUGCAGCUUCUGGCACUCCAGUUACAGUGGAUCCUCCUAUCUCUGCUGUUGACAAUGAUAGCGGUAACAACUCCGUAGUGCGAUACUCUUUGAGUGGUGCCGGAAGUGAAUUAUUCAAAAUACUUGAGAGUGGAGAAGUUAUUUUUAGUUCGCCAGAUCCCAUUCUUACGCUGGAUAGAGAAAGAAAAGAGAGAUACGAUUUGCAGGUUACUGCGACAGAUAUGGGUAAUCUCAGUUCCUCUACGUACUUAACAAUCAACGUUGCUGAUGAAAAUGACAAUGCACCUGUAUUCCAGCACGGACCUUUAAGGGUAAUGCUCCCUGAAACAGCUAGACCAGGAUCGAAAAUUGCGGAAGUGUCAGCUCUAGAUGCCGAUGCUAAAGGACCUAAUUCAAAAGUAGAAUACAUUAUUACUGCUGGAGAUAAGGGCGAUGUAAGGAUAGAUAGAGCAACUGGAGAGAUAUAUGUUGUGAGCACAUUGAAACCUGGUACAGUUUAUCUGCUGAACGUUUCUGCAGCAGAUGGUAAAGGUCUUGCAGCUUCAACUGUUGUCAACAUAACUGUUGUGGACGUUAACGAUCACAAACCAACAUUUUCACGACCUGAAUUCAGCUUUAAAGUCAAGGAAGGAAACUACAGCCACAACAAGAAAUCGCUUGGAAUUUUGAAGGCAAUCGAUGAAGACACCGGAUCGAAUGGAAUGAUCGAAUAUUCAUUGAUUACAACAACAUUUGAACAAAAGUUUCCAUUUACUGUUGAUAGCAAAACAGGGGAACUGUUUGCUCAUGGAAUAAUCGACAGAGAAUCGAAGAGCUCAUUUAAAUAUCAAGUUCUUGCAACUGAUUUUGGUGAGCCUCAACUUAACUCGACUGCCGAUGUUGUUAUUGAAGUAAUCGAUGUGAAUGAUGAGCCACCAAGAUUUUACACCGAUCCUUAUUUGGCUCAAGUUCAAGAAAAUCUGGAUCCUGGGCAAAAAGUCACUCAGAUAGCAGCUUACGAUUCUGAUUCUGGUAACAACGGUCUUGUGUUUUAUAAAUUGGGUAUUGGGCAUAAUAACAAAUUCUACAUUGAUAGCAAAGAUGGAACCGUCUGGACGCUUUCUACAUUAGACUACGAAAAACAAGCUUUUUACAAUAUGACGGUAAUUGCAUAUGAUCAGGGAGCGCCAAGUCUUAGUUCAACGACGAAGUUAUGGGUUACAGUUGCAGACACAAAUGAUGCCGUGCCAGAGUUUUCUAAAGCUGUUUACACACUCGAAGUAGCCGAAAGUCGCCAACCUGGCGAUACUGUGUUCAAAUUGGAUGCUGGCAAAGGAGAUUUUAAAUAUGCGUUACUUAAUACCAACGAAAUAGAUGCAUUUGAUGUCGAUUUAAGUACUGGUGAUAUACGUUUGGUUAAAGCUUUAGACAGUGUUCAGCAGAGUCAUUACAGACUACUUGUAGAAGCUUCAGUCGAUACCGAUCCUCCAAAAUCUGAUACAGCUGAGGUCAAUAUUAUUGUUGGAACUGGACAUGGGGUCAGACUUUUCCCAAGCCGUUUAUAUGAAGUGACAGUUUUUGAAAAUAGACUAGCACCUUUGGUUGUUUUGGAUUUGAAUGCUACUGAUGAAAUAGCUCACAAACCAGUUCUUUAUAGCAUUGUUGGACAUGAUUAUAAUGGUUUGUUUGUGAUGGAAGCUGAUACUGGUCGUCUAACUGUAACUGCUAGUUUGGAUAGGGAAAAGAGAGACAGGUACUCUCUAAAAGUUCGCGCUGAAAAUGUAGGACGUCAUAGGUUUGGACGAGAAAUAAGUAGAUCUGGACCAGUUCGACCAACCGAAAGUUAUCACCUUGCUUUUGAUGAAGCUCUUGUAGUCAUAGAGGUUGGAGACGAAAAUGAUAACGCUCCAAUAUUCGAUGUAGUUGGUCGACCUAUUGUAGCUGCUGUACCACUUGAAGCAUCUUUUGGUUAUCAAGUUGUUAGAAUAACGGCUAAAGAUUUGGAUGUGGGAUACAACAGUGCCAUUCGUUAUGAGAUCAUACGCAAACCGGAAGAUGCAUCCACCAAAUUCCACAUUGAUCCUGUAUCUGGCGUAGUUCGGUCAAUGAUAACAUUUGCCCUCGAUGGUGGCCGAAUUUAUGGAUUUGAUGUGAAAGCAACAGAUCGUGAAGGAAGUGAAAAUGGACAUUCAGCAGUUGCUAAUGUUUUUGUGUAUGUAUUACCCGAAACGAAAUUGGUACUAUUUGUUGCUGGAAGAACGCCGCUAGCAAUUGAGCAACAUGUUGAAAAGAUAUUGAGUUACUUGAGCAAUUUAACUGGUUACGAUGUUAAAAUGGCGAAAUUAGAACCACAUCACGAAGGAGAAUAUGAAGAUAGAGAAAGUACCGACCUCUUCUUAUACGCUGUACAUCGAGACACCAAUGAUAUUGUUGAUACUGAAACUCUGCUGAAUUCUCUGGAGCAGCGUUCUGAAUUAAUAGUUUCAAAUUUGGACAACUUUAAUAUUCAGAGAAUACAAGGUGUUUCUGUUCAAGAAAAGAUAAGCCAAAUGGGAACAACGGAAAUCGCAAUCAUUGCAUUGAGCAGUGUUAUUUUCCUUGGAGCAGUACUAGGAAUCGCUCUUCUUUGUUCAUCUUGCAAGAAAAGGAAAGUCCGACGAAGACACACUUCCUGGGAGCAGCAGCGGUUGUAUAAUAUCAAAAAUCCACUUAUGGGAAAAACGUUAGGUAAUCCAUACGGUAGUCGAAGUACGCCGAAUGGUACAGUUGACAACAUCAAAGCUGCUUACGCAAACGGAGACCUUUCAGUGCCUGACUACAAUGAUAGCCUCGAUAACCAGUCAAUGAAGAGAAAUAAUAGAAGAUCUAGACAACAAAUGCCACCAGAUGGCGCCUCAUCGCUUAAUCCUUCAAAUGCCAGUCCUAAAUUUGAAAAAUAUAAUAAAAACGAUAAUCAGUGGUAUGAUAUGAGGGAUGGAGCGGACUCCAUGUAGUGGCUCGGGAUUCUCCGGUGCUUCCAGAUUCACAAGUUGGUCCUCCAGAAGGAACACCAAUCCAGUCACUGAAUUAUAACAGAAGCUUUUUACAAAUGGACAAUCGUCCAAUAUUUAAAAAUAUUGCCAAUUUCGACUAUGCAACACAGAGCUGUGUCACAAACACACAUAUAGCUUCUACACUAUUGUGACAUAUCCAAGAUUUUGGUGUGGACAAAGACAAUUUUUGUAGUGCCAGGGCAUUCAAAAACUUUUCAAAGCCUAAGAUAGUAUUUAAAGUACUACAUCAGUAUACCGCGAGUUGCUCAAGUCUUGAUUGUCGAUAUCAGCUCUAUGUUGCUACUGUGGAUACCUCAACGACGAAAUACGAAAACAGACUCUUACUUAGUGUUUCAAAUUUUGUGAUAUCUACAAAGAAAUGUUAUUAU